AUGUUGCUAGAAGAAGGCCAAGCUGAGCUGAGCGUCCGGGACAGCCAAGGCUUCGACAAGCAGUGACCGCAGUGCAGUCUAUGUGUCCUGGGAAUUGGCUCAGGGCAGGGGACUCUGCUGGUGGUGGAGAAAGCCCUGGGCAGCACCUGCUAUUAGCAGGGCAAAUGCCACUGUCACCUGGGAAACUGA